UUUGCAGUGCACAUCAAAUGUUUUAAGGUGCUAGUCGGUUAAAUUGUUGUUGGAAUAGUAAUUGGUUGUUUACAUUCACAUUUAACAAAAAUUACCUAUAAUUUGAAAUAAAAUGGAAGUGGAAGAUCAAGAAACAUUUCAACAACAAGCUCUGGAAAUAAGAGAACCUGGAGAUAACUUUGAUCCCUCUGUUGCUCCGCAAACAGGCGAAGAGUUCUUAAUGCACAUGUUGUAUGAACGCAAACGUUGCCCAGCGGUGGUUGUCAAAGCUCCUAAAAAUGUAAAAAAACCAAGUCCCUUAAAUACUCAAAUAGAGGAUUUUGUAUUAACCAAUGAAGUGGUUGUUGAGCGUGAUCUUUUGCCCACCCAAGAAUGGAAAGAUGUACAAUCUCAGGCCUUUCUGCGCACACGUUCAAAAAUCCUAAUGCUGCGCCAACAUUUGGCUACCCACAACUACGACAACAAUUUGGAGCCCCCGUUGAUAGACGAUGAAGGCGCCUGGCUGAAGUUUUGCAAAGAAAACUUUCCCAAGUUGAGCAUAAUUUUACGUUUAAAUCAACGAACAUUAGAGCAAUUGUUGACAAUGCUUUCCGAAUGGCUUAGUGGAGACAAUAUGGAGGAGUUGGUGUGUUCAUCUACUUCCGCAGCAGCCAAUCAUUCAAUUCUGGAUUUGGCAAAUAGUGACCAGUGGCUGGGUUCAUGGAUUUAUGCGGUGUUAAGCUGUUUACAUCUGCCGCUUGAGCCCAGUGUACACAGCACCCUGAGAGAUAUCGCCCGCACCUCAAUGCGCUUAAGAAGCCGCCUUCAAUCUAGUGAAUUUCAAAAAGCUAUACCUUAUAAUCUUUUUAUAUAUAUCAUUGCGAAAAUUUUCGAUCAGUUAGAUUUAAUGGAAUAUGUUUAGAGUUGCAAAACAGAAUUUGAUUCAACACAACACAAACUUAUAUCAGCCAGUAAUCUAAGUCUUAUUAUUUUUUUUUUUUAAGAAAAUAAAAGUUAAGAACAA